UGGGAAGGAUAUGGGGUGUGUGAAAGAACAAGGAAUGAGGAGAAAGUGUGGUUUAAACCAAAUGACCUCAAAUUAGAUGCAUUUUAAAGAUUAAUAUUUGGUGUCUGAUUUACAGAUCAUUCCAUGUAAAUUACGAUCUUAAAUUUAUAAGCAUGUAGAGAAUGAAUCAAGGAUGAACAAAUAUUUGACUAUGAAAAUAAAUGCAUGAAAUCCUUUUACACACGUUUCAGUUUUCCUGCUCAAAACACCUGGGUUAGCCUACCGUUUUGUUUCUAUGUUUGUAUUUACAUUAACAAAAUGUUUUUUUACGACACAUACCAACAACACUACGGCUAAAAAUGCAGUUUGACCGCAGUGUAUCGGAAUACGGUCACGCUGAUAUUUGUUUCCCGCCGGCCUGUUAUGCGGGGACGCUUCACAGUCCACACAGCGGCGGAGGCGUUCAGAGCCUUCGUCGAAGAAACUGUGCAGUCACCAUCAUUAAACGAUUCCCGCUUCAGACUAUUAAUGAGGUAUCCUGUAAUUGGGCCUCUGUGGGACACUGACGUUAAGUCUGCCCUUUCUGUGUAAAAAAAAAAAAUACAAGUGUAUCACCAUGGAAGUGGAGGAUGCUUUAUCGGCUAAGUUCAGGGUCCUGAUUCAAGGGCUUAUGGUGACGACAACCUCAGAGAUAGUCAAAAUAUUUAGCGAAGUGCUGCUGGAGAGCAGAGUGGAGAUCAGCCGAAGCUGGAGGGAGAUCGACUUGUUGAAGCAGCAGUUGGAAGAAUGUGAGCAGCAAAAGAGAGAGGCCAUCAUUAGGGCCCAGAGGAGUGAACUCAAAAGAGAAGACGACGAGGUGGAAGUGUCACGUGUGAGUUUUCAGCCUGAUGUAGAGAGCUCUGACACUGUCACGCCAGUGGGGCCUGAAAACAGAGAGGAGGAUGUCUUCGAACCAGAGACAACACAGUCGGGCCCACCAGACCGAAAGGUUCAAAAAGUCUGUGCUAUUGCUGAAAACAGCAGGGUGUGCCAAGAGCCGAAAUGCACACAACAUGUGGUAAAACAAAAAAUAGUUUGUCCCACCAAUGUACCACGAGUUAGAGGCCGCAAAUCAUCAAGCAAGCCCUCAUCACAGCCCACAACCAAAACCAUUGGAAAUGGACCAUCUCCGAGUGAGGACGUUUUAACAAAAAGCCCAAAAUCAGAGGUGAUGAUGAAAAAAAGUAAACUAAUCAAAUCGCAGAUGCACGCUAAUGACUCUAGCGUUGCUCGUGGUCUUCGAGACCGACAUCAGCUCAGCAUGCAGAGGCACUGUCUGUGUUGUUCAUCGGACGAGUGCGACCUCCAGUCUAGCCCCUCCAGAGCCCUGCACCAAGUCCCUAGUGUGUAUAUCUGCCGUAAAUGUGAGAAGAGGUUUAAAACAGACCUCCUGUUUAAGAGUCACAAUUGCCCGAUGCCUCAGAAUUGUAGCAGGUGUGGGCAGAUGUUCACUACUCUUCAGGGGCUCAACGCACACAGUCAGGAAGUUCAAGCUCAGGUCAUCUGCAGUCAGUGUGAGCAAACGUUUUCCACUCAGUGUGCUUUAACCGUGCACAGACGCAUCCAUGCCAACCUCAUUCUUCCCAAGGAAAUUAAGGCCAAGAGGUUUGAGGUUCGUCUCCAGAGAAUCUCAGACUCCCAGCUGGAGGCUGCUUUGUCUUCAAAAAGCUGUCUCUUGCAAAACGAGUCUUCAAAACAGGAUCUUUUGAGUGAACCGCAGAAUAUGGCUACCGCAGAUACAAGUCCUGCGAUCAAACGCAGUGCAGAAUCCCCGGCAAUGAAUGAACCUGAGACCAGCGAGACACUGCCAUCCCAAAGUGUAGAGGAAGGCCCGGACUUCAGUGCUGAACAGUCAAGUGUCAGGAAAGUGUAUGCAGUCAUGUCAUCCGCCUCGUGCCAAAUUCAAAUGAGUGAGGAUGCAAAUGGGUCCGAGUCACCGGUUGUGCAUGAAACAGAAAAAUCAACAGAUAACGAAAAGCAUGCCAAUUCAAGUGAUGAGUCGGGGCUCCAUUCUCUUCCAAGAAAGCGAAAAAUGUCAGAUUGUACUCACGAUGCAUACAAUGGUGUGUUUCCUGUUGAAAAUAUUCUGAGAUGGAGAAACAAUAAGGGAAGAAAUGAAGUUCGGGUCAAGUGGAUGCCUUGCACAUUGUGUGGGGCAAAAUUUCAGAAUACAUGGGAACCAGCAGAGAGCUUUCCAGGUUAUUUGGACGAGAAGAAUGAAGAGGCAAAGAAAAACUAGAAGGAUCAAAACUUAUAUUAUAUUGACUGUGUUUUUAUGAGGUUUUCUGAUUAUACACUACAAGAAUGUAUGCUUUACAAUGCAGUUAAUGUGAUGUGUAUUACUUUGUUCGGUUGUUUUUAGUUUUCUUAUAAGUACCAUAUAGAUAAAUGCAUUAAAGUGAAAAACUUUUUAAUACAUAGUUUUAAAUGCUUUCGAUGCUUUCUUGUUAUAGCUUGACUUAUUGUGAUCUGCCAAAAGUUAGUGUAUUGUUUUUGAUAUUUAGUAUUUGAACAGCCGUCUUUGUAUUUACUUCACUGCAAUCUUUGAUUAAGGGUUCAGUUACAUGUUUACAUGUUGUUGUUGGUGAAACUUGUGGAUGUAUUUUUUAAAAAAAUGUUUUUUUCAAUGAUGUAUUAAUUGGCUAAACUAUUGGGGGGUUAAUGGCUUACACCGAAAGUAACAGUACAUUACAAAAACACCAUUAAUGUUGAUUCUCUCUUCCUUUUUUCAACUUGUAUGUUAUUAUACCAAAGAAUACAGUUUGUUAAAGGCAUAUUUUAGUAAAUUUGUGGAAGUGUAAACACAGAUGAAGAAGGUGGUAAAUGUACUGGAAAACCCCACAAGCUCAAAUAAACUGUUUCAAACGGGCAAGAA